AUGCAGAAUUUUUUACUUAUAAGCUUUUCCUGGAUCGGUUAUGCAGAGCCAUUAUGGCAAUGGAGCGAUUUAUGGUACUAUUUUUCAGGGGCUCUGUGCGGGAAUCCAUCUGAGAGACGUAAGCAGCGACGAAUUCGAACAACCUUCACGUCCGGUCAGCUCAAGGAGUUGGAGCGAAGCUUUCUGGAGAGUCACUAUCCCGAUAUCUACACACGUGAAGAUAUUGCUAUGAGAAUUGACCUCACGGAGGCGAGAGUUCAGGUUUGGUUUCAAAAUAGGAGAGCCAAAUACAGGAAGCAGGAGAAGCAGCGACGAGCCAAAGAGGAAGGGGAGGACACGGAAAAGAAGUCAGAGGUUGACGACAAAGGGGCUGCUAGUGAAGCACUCGAAAUCGUCACCGCCUGCUCCUUGGCACCGAACUGA